ACUUCGCAGUGUCACGCAAAUAUUUUGCAGUAUUGGUCUAUUUUCAGUUGUUUUGAUAAGUCUGAUGCCGUAACAGUUUUGAUAGCACCGCUUAUUCAAAAAUUCGGGAAUUUAUACAUUUCUAGCAUAUUGUAUUGGUAACCGGACGUUUUGAAAAGUUACGCGAGAGUUCGUUUCGCUGGGGGAAAAUGAACGUAUUGACUCGUAUUCUUCCGACGCGCAUUGGUCGUAGUGCGAUCAUCGCCAGCAGUACCAGUAAUACUUAUCACUUUGGGGCUGAUAGCAAACAAUCUUCUUCUAGUAUUGCCUCCACUAAAAGGCAUUUCUCCAAGUCACCGCCCAGCAAUAUGAAGUUCGUGCAGUUCAGAACCGGAUCCGGGAGCAGUCAGCGAUUGGGAGUGCUAUCGGAGGAUGGUAGCAAAAUUAGUGACAUCAGCGAGAGCUUCUCCGGUGAUUUGAUCCAGCUGAUCAAGUCGGGUACAUCGUUGGAUGCCAUAAAGGCAAAGCUUGCCGGGGUUAACCAGGUUCCGAUCGGGGAUGUGAGUCUACUGGCACCGGUUACCAACCCGCAGAAGAUUCUCUGCGUUGGAUUGAACUAUCGCGGUCACUGCGAAGAGCAGAACAAACCGAUCCCGAAGGAACCGAUGUUCUUCAGCAAGUUCGCCUCGACGAUCGUCGGGCCGUUCGAUGGGGUGGUGGCGCACAAGAUUACCGAUCAAAUCGAUUGGGAGGUUGAGCUGGCGGUGGUCAUCGGCAAGGAGGCCAAGAACGUGACUCGAGCAAAUGCGAUGGAUUACGUGUUCGGGUACACCGUGGCGCAGGAUAUCUCCGCUCGCGAUUGGCAAAAGAUGCGCAAUGGAGGCCAGUUUCUGAUUGGGAAAUCAAUGGACACGUUCUGUCCGCUUGGACCGGCAGUGGUUCACAAGUCACUGAUCAAAGAUCCACACAACCUGGUCAUCAAGUGCGACGUGAAUGGAGUGGAAAAGCAGAAGGGCAACACGAGCGAGUUGGUGUUCAGGAUUGACGAUAUCAUCGAACGGGUUACGCAGUCGAUCACUUUGCUGCCAGGGGAUGUCAUCUUGACAGGAACGCCUGCUGGCGUGGGAAUGCACCGCAGCCCACCGGAGUUCCUGAAACCAGGAGAUGUUAUUGACAGCGAGAUCGAGUCGAUUGGAAAAAUCAAGAACAAGGUGAUUGCUGAUCAAUAGAACCAAAUCUUGAUGCCAUACAAAAUUGGAGUUGAAUAUAAUUCAAAAACAAGUUUU